CUUUGAAUGUAAUUUCUUACUUUUAAUGUCAGAAUUAUGACUUUUUAAAGUGUGAUUUAUGUCAUAAUCUUGCCUUUUUAUGUCAUAAUUAUAAUUCACAAAAGCAUGAUGUUUUUUCUUAUGUGGCAGAAAUAGGCUUCCAUACUUUUGCCUCAUGAUAAAUCAUAGAAACUUCUCACAGAUGAGCAGAAUAUGCAUGUAUAUAAUGUAAGGAACGGUGGUAACGAGCAGCUGUAAUCAGCUGGGUGUGUAGUGAUUGUUUCUGAAGGGGCGUCUGCUGGUUGAUCAGGACGGGUAACUUCAAGCUCACACCCUGAGAACCAGGGAAAACUGCUGGAGAUACGAGAACAAAACACACACACACACACUUGGCACCUGCCACAAAUAUGCCUGACAACACGCCUGCAGCGCAACUUACACUCACACGCAAACAAACACUGAUGAGUUAUAAAUGUGUGAAAACAGUGGAAUCAAAUGAAAGGGAUUAUUGUUGUUGAGCUUCAGAGCGACAGACGGAGUUGAUUCAUGACGGUGAACUCUUGAUUUCACAGAACUUCACCGACUGUAACACAUCAUGAGCACACAGACCAAAUCUGGGAGGAGAACCGUCCUGAAAGACAACAGCUGGAUCAGACGAAACGCUGAAGAGGACGAGCCCGUCGAUCAUGAUCCUAACUUCGGUAAAGUCGUCCUGAGUCAGCAGAGACCAGCGGAUGAUGUCAGCAGCAAGCCGGUGGAGGCCGAAAAACCUCCAGUGAACUCUGGGACGUCCAUCAGCUCCUUAAGCAAGAGAUUCAGUGGCAGUCAGGAGCUGCUCAAUAAGAGCAGCACCACCACGACCAACACGAAAAGCGCCGCGACCGUCCCACCGUCGCCCUCCAAACCUCCGGUCCCUGCCAAGAAUACAGUGCUGAAGACUCCCAACACAUCCAGCUUCACAGCGCGCGUCUUUUCAGGCGCAAACACGAGCAGCAAAACGUUAAGCCCCGUUAAACCAUCGUUUGGUGAGAAGUUUCCUGAAGUCACAGCAUCUCAAACUAGCAGCGGACAGGAUAAGAGCAGCAGCGCUGGACCGUCGGCGUCUGUGACCAUCUCUCCGUCAGCAGCUCCAUCAGUCACUGCCACGUCCACCGGCGUGAAGAGUUCAUCCGUCACGACCCCUGUGAAGAGCCCGAGCCGGAGUGAAAGCGUGUCCGUCUCCACACUGGUGUCCACGUCCUCGACGCCGUCCGCUCAGACGACCGUCACACACACUAAAACAUCCUCCUGGACGCUGGAUGAGACUCCAGCCACGAGACCUGCAGAGAAACCCUCAGCGAGUCCAAAGCUGAGUGACGUCAGUUAUUCUCCAUCAGCCGUGACCGUGAACUCGCGCUACACCUAUCAGACUCCCAGCGCUCCACUGGAUGAUCUCGCUGACACUCUAUUGCCGGGCCUGUCUGGAGGUGUGCAGUCACAGCCUGUCAGAUCACAAACGCAAGUCAAGACAGUUUACACGGAGAGUCCCGCUGCUUCACCGACUCUACGCUCUCCUCUACAGACGACACUGUCCUCCAGCAGGUCCGUCAGCAGUCGGGAUGUGUGUACGGUCUGUGGGAAGCCCAUCGCUGGAGCAGAGAGGAUGAUCCUAGAAGAGCUGAAGAUCAUCAGCCACACGUCCUGCUUCAGGUGUGCCGUGUGUCACUGUGAUCUCGGCGGUCUGGAGGCGGGAAAGUCUCUUUGGGUUCAUCGGGAGCGAGUCAACUGCUCGAACUGCUUCAGUAAAAUCAGAGGUCAGUGGUAUAUCUGAGAUGGACGGAUAUCAAUCUACAUGGAAACAAAAUAAUUAUACAGUUGAGGCAAUAAUUCAACAGCAGAUGUUAGAAAAUUACAACUGAUUAAGAUUUGUCUGUUCAGAAAUGGCAUAAGGAUAUAAUUAUAUAUUCAUGAGGAGACUGUUUACAGCAUUUAUAUGGUAAUAAUUAUGAAUGGCACAGUUUUGAUCAUUAAUGAGGAUAUAUAUCUGUUCUCUUAAUAUCAAUAAGUGUAAUUGUCAUGAAUGUUUUGAAUGUCACCUGUACACAUGAUAUGAAAUAAUAAAACUAUAUUCUGAUUCUGA